AUGGUGGCCCAGCAGCAGCAACAACAACAUAUGGCUACCCUGGCGUGGCAGCAGCAGCCGCCGCCAAACGAGGCAAGUAAGGCUAGCAACCUGCUUCCCUGCUACUUUAAAUAUGAUGCUGGCAACAAUCAGAGCAAAAUGCCUCGGACCUUUGGAGGUGACGGAGUCCCACCUCUAACUGACAAACCAGGGACUCCUAAGAUACGACUUGGCAAACAAAUGGUAAUGAGAUGGGGAGCUAUUAAUAUCAAUGGGGGCUACUCUGGGAAGAAGGUAGAGCUGGCAGAGGCUGCAAGUAAGAUGGGGCUGGACGUUUUAGCUGUUAGUGACAUUUGGGUAAGGGGUGAGGAACAAGAGGAAGUGGGAGAAUACAAGGUCUACCUGUCAGGAGUCAAAGCAGGAAUAGCACAGUGGGGUGUAGGGCUUUACAUCAGGAAAGAAAUGGAACCCAGCGUAGUUGCAAUAAGGUAUGUAAAUGAACGACUGAUGUGGAUAGAUUUGACAGUGUCUAGCAAGAAAAUUAGGAUUGUGUCAGUAUAUUCGCAUUGUGAAGGUACAGAUCAAGAUAAGAUGGAUAGUUUUUAUGAGGCACUCAGUGAUGUAGUUGUUAGAGUAAAGGACAAGGACAGUGUUCUGCUCAUGGGUGAUUUUAACGCCAGGAUUGGAAAUCAAACAGAAGGGUAUGAAAAGGUUAUGGGUAAAUUUGGAGAGGAUAUGGAGGCCACCAGGAAUGGGAAACAACUCUUGGAUUUCUGUGCCAGGUAUGGCCAGGAGGAGCUGUCCCAGCAGCUGCGCCAGCUGUCGCAGCAGGUGCGUCACCACCCUGUCUCUUUCAGCGCCUGCUCCAUCUUUAAUGUGGACAGCGGGCUGCUGACGGGGUUUGUGGCCACAGUCGUGACACAUGCCAUCAUACUGUUGCAGUUCGGUGCAUCGCCUUCUGCUGACAGUGCAUUCUGA